GGCAUUGCAUCUUUAGACUUUGUGAAGCACACAUAUUAAAUUUCAGUCUGAGGAAGUCGCCAUUUUACCUGCCAUCUUGUUAUUUAUGAUCUGAUUUUCAACUUUAUACCAAAAAGCUACCUAUAUUUUCCUGCUAUUGGUUUAAGAUUUUAGAAGCCUGUAUGAGGUCAGAUUAAGCAGAAUUUAUACUAUUAUUAUGCCUGAAUUGAAGAACCUAUCGUGCAUACCCGCGGAGACGCUCUUCCGGAUAGUAGGGGUAGAUACCAGAGACGGUUACCUGAGCGAAGCAACAUUUGGUCCAGCUAGCCUGGUCAUCCUGUACUACAUCCAUGCACCAGAGGCGACAUGUACACUUGGACCUUCUACCGUUGGAACCAACGAUUCCUUCUCGUACAGAGAUUACCUACUUGCACUGAGCGGUCUCAACUCGACGGACUCUACUCCUAAGCUCGGUUCUCGGAUAUCAUUCGGAAACGGAGCCAUGUUUUCGGAGGAGAAGUUGCAGCUACUUCUGAAGAGCAUCAAUAAGACUUAUAUACCAACAUCUUCUUUUCAGUGUUUUCAGGCUCACACACUGAUCAAAGCUGCCAGCAUCCCCGACGAACAUGAUAUCGCCCAGUCAGGUUUGGAGAUCUUAGCUGCCCACUUAGUUAGUUCCCUACUCCAUGGACACUGUAUUGGCGAGGGUCUUCUUGUCCCCCCUUCCUACUUUUCAGAUUACAUCUUCGACGAGUUUGGUAGCAACCAUAUCAUACGAGAGGCAGGACUUCAGCGUCUGCUUGGCACCCUCGAUCUCGGUUUUGUUCUUACCGAUCAGUCAGCAGAGGGUGGAGAUCACGGUCAUGACCACGGUCACGACCACCGUGACCAUGACCACGCCAACAGUGGUCCUACCUUCGGCCGGGGAUCCGCGACUGGCCAAGGACAGGGAACAGGUCACGACCAUGGGCACAGACCGGGCGGUCACGGGCCUACGAAUAAAACAACGUCGGUAACACCGACACUGGAUCCACAUGCAGGGCAUGGUGUUCAUGGUCACCACGACCACCAUGGACAUGGUCAUGGGCCACCGCAUCAUUUCGGGUUUCUGAUGGAAAGAAACGUUAUCAACGACCACCGAACCAAAAGAAGAGCAACACAUCUCCAUUCCCCAGGACACGAACAUCAAGCAGAAAAUGACACCUUUCAGCAGUGUUAUUCUGGUGAUCAGCUCUUGGAUAUAUUUGGUAUCAACGAGGCCCUGGGGAUAUCAGAGAGGCAGUUCAGUGAACUCUGUCCAGCUAUCUUACAUCAAAUCAUCACGGACGCUUGUAACCCCGACAUGCGUACUGAUGUGCGUCCUGUAGGGCCUUUGUCUACUGCGGAAGUGUACGGUUAUGGAACGCUAGCGGUAUUCAUCAUCACGGCAACAUCAAUAUUAGCCGUUCUUAUUCUACCCUGUCUCAGUGACUCGGUGCAACAAUACGUCAUACAUGCCUUUGUGGCCCUCUCCAUCAGUACUAUGUCGGGAGAUGCACUCAUGCAUCUUAUUCCACAGGCCAUUGGUCUUCACAGUCACGGUGACGAUGACGAAAAUGACCAUCAUGCUCCAGAUGGUAAUCACGAUCAUGGCGUGAUGUUGGUUGAGAUCGAUAUGAUGAAUAUCAUGUACAAAAUGGCGACGGUUCUGGGGGCUAUUUACUUCUUCUUUCUAUUUGAAUCCUUGAUGAAUGUCUUGUUUAGCAGAAAGAAAAGUGAAGAUGCGGAGACAAGAAGAUGUUCAAGAUUAGUAGAAGAUUGCGAUGAGAAGACAUCAGUAUUCAACCAACAAACAGAGCAAGUGUGGCUGAAUGAUACAGACAAUGGCAUUCCAAAUCUUCCCGAACCUAGCACUUUAACGCCAUUGUCGAUUAACAUGAAUGGCAAUAAUGACGCGGAAGAUCGAGGUUUUGAGAGUCUCGUUCAAGAACAAAAGGAUGAAGAUAACAGAUCGUUUUUUAUGAGAGGAUUGACACCUGUUUCGAUCAUGGUGCUGUUAGGGGAUGCCUUACACAAUGCAAUGGAUGGUUUAGUGUUAGGAGCGGCUUUCACAUCCAAUAUAUUUGUUGGAAUAUCGACGAGUAUUGCUAUAUUGUGCCACGAAAUACCACAUGAGCUUGGUGACUUUGGUGUUUUAAUAGAGAAUGGAAUGAGUAACAGACGAGCGGUGUUCUGGAACUUCGCCAGCGGUUGUUCAGCCUUCGCAGGUUUAUAUCUAGGUAUAAUUAUUGGGACGAGAGAGGGCGCCCAACAGUGGCUUUUCGCAAUCACCGCUGGCUUUUUUCUAUAUAUUUCAAUGGUUGAUUUGUUUGGUGGAAUGUUACGGAAAGAUGAUCAUGGUCAUGGUCACUCUCACGGAUCAUCGUCGACUUCGUUGAAGAGAUCACCAGCGAUGAGUAAUAGACAUAGCUGGCUACAAGAGAUGGCGCUCAACGAAAAAUCCGAAAAGAGAUCCAAGCUGGCAGUUUUUAUCUGUCAAAAUAUCGGUUUAUUGGUUGGCUGGGCCAUCAUGUUUCUACUCUCAUACUACGAGGAAGAGCUGCUGCAUUUAAAUAUAUUCAACCGUUGAGGAGGGGUCACGUCCCCAUGUACUCCAUCUUUCAAUGACGUAAUCCUUCUUUCAGGAAACCCCAGACGAUUAUGUUCGAUGGAAAUAUCGAUUGAAGCGCUGCCUUUUUUUAUCACAUUUCCUUCUUCAUAUUUUUGGAACUGCAUCGGUAUUUUGUUGUUUUUAUUCAUUUUCAAUAGAAUACGUGGCUGGCGGGUUGGAAGAAGUAAUUGCUGAAUGUACAUUAUUCGAAACGUGUGUGUGAUAUAUAAUAUUAUUUACUCACUCAUAUCAUGUUUCUUACUACUGGAAUAAAGAUGGAACUUUAUGUCUUGUAUUCUGAGCAAAGAGACGUAUUCAUAAUUUCCUGGAGAGCAGGAAGAAAUGCCAUUGGGUGGGUUGAUAUGACGUGGUCAUAUACCAUGUCGUAAUAUAUCUAAGGUUAUCUAGAUUUUAAAGAAAGGGAUGAAUAUACACAUUUUGUCCCGAUUGCCAUAGCUGUGUGAUCCAGCCAUGCAAAAUUUAAAAAUUAAAAGAUUUUGUAAUAGUUCAUGUCUUCAUGAUUCUUACACAAUAAAAUUAUCUAAUGUUGUAGCAUAUUUUCCUUUCAAAUUUCAAAACAUUAGAUAGUUUUUUAAUAUCUUCAUUGAUAUUUUUUAUGUUAGUCAACUGUUUUUAUUUUCUUUUAUUAAAAAACAAAUGCACACAUAGUUGAAAAGAAUGCGUAUAGCAUUUCUAUUUAUUUCAUUUCAGGAUAGAAGAGCACUAGUUGAAUAAAUGCCUUGCUCACAUAAGUGCCAUGGCCGGGAUCGAACCCCGGACAUUCAUGUGUCUAGUUAGGCGCCUUUGACCACUCGGCCAUGUCACCUUUAAUGGUGUAAUGUUCUAAUUGUCAUUUUCUGGUACUUAAGUUAUUAAUGUUUAUGUCUAUACUAUUGAGUGUUUUAAUUGGAGGCCUCCUUCAUUACACACCUGUUUCACCCUGUUAAUAUUUUUCUUCUAAUAUAGUAUGUUUAUUGUUGUCAAGAUAAACGAUAGAAAUCGAAUUAUUGUAAUUGUUGGAAAUGGAAAUAAACGAAAUUGAAUUAAAUUAAAUCAAAAAUUUAUAUGAGCUCUUAAAGUACAGCCGAUAAGUUUAAACUAGGUCGUAUAAAGUGCACACAGGUUGUUUAAGUUUGUUUUGACUGUGUGAAAAGACGAUAGAAUUUUAAUGUUUCAUCUUGUCAAUUUACUUGUUUUGAAUAUCCAAAAUAGAAAUGAUCCCUUAACAGAGAAGAAAAGGUAUAAAUGAAUCCAAACAAUACAGCUUCUUGCUUUGAAAGUCCGAAUCUAGUAAAACUUUGAGAAAAAAUGCCAAAAUCUGCAACAAAUAUUUCAUUCAUUAAAUUUAAUGUAUGUUCGACAAGUAGGCAUGUAAAGUUGAAGAAAUACAGCUAUUUAAGUCACGUUCAGGGUGUAAAUGUAAAAAGGUCCCAACGUUAAACCGAUAUUUCGGAGGUGAAAUUUAUCUCCACUUUCACACAUCUUCUUGAUAACUGCAGCUGUUUUCUUUUUCCUAGAGUUUCACAAAAUCAUAAGCUCUCUGCACGUUCUGCAACCGAAAGUUGAAAGGGAUAUCGAUAAGUGAAUAUUUGAAAGCCAAAAGAAUAACCAUCCUCUGUCUUGUUCCGUUGUGUCUUUCCCUGCGGUUUCGAGAUUGUUCAUCGAAAAAUUCAAGACUCGUUUUUUCUUUCAGGUAUUUCCUAAAACUGGGGCCCGUUUCAUAAAGGACUUGCAACUGUUGUCACUUGUCAUAAUGGCAACUACCAUGGUAACAGGCCUCAGCAGUCAAUCAUAAUCAAGGUUACUAUGGUAGUUGCCAUAAUGGCAAAGUUACAACAGUUGCAAGUCCUUUAUGAAACGGGCCCCUGGUCCUUGCACAUGUAAUGAGGCACCCAUGAACACCGCAGUGGAUAUUCAACAAUGAAAAUAACUUCAGGGUCACGAAGUAUCAAUACAUAAAUUUCAGGAUGUUAUUCCAUAUUUCUUCACAAAUAGAGUAAAACUAUUGAUUUUAAUAAAUUUACAUUAUUUGAAUGGAAUAAUGAUAAUGAAUUGAUUUGGCUGUGGAUCAGAUAUGAUAUUAUUUAGGAAUAAUCUGUCAUGCAGAGCUUCCAAAAAGUAUUUAAAAACAAAUUAUUUUUUUAGAUUGAAGUUAUUAUUUUGUUUCAUCAUCAUCAUUGUUAUUAUUACUAUCAGCGUUAUUAUUUCAUAAUGUUCUUCUUGUUGUCGUUUUUUCCGCAGAUGCUAUAUGUAAUCCAUGGCGUAUUCAUUUGCAAGGUUCCUUUUCAUGACAGAUAUGCCGUUGAUCCCUUUAUGAUAAAUGUUUGAAUUGUAUUCGACAAUGUAACUUCACCCGUUUUUAGGCUUGUUCUCCGCUUCCAUUUCCCCAUACUCAACAUUUUCCUUUCCUUCUUCAUAUAUAUAUUGUCAUGGAUUAUUUCUUAUGUCUGUAUACACUACAUUUGUUUGGCCUGCUAUUGGCAUUUAGUGUCACACUUUUCCUGCCAGGGACCUAUAUAUAUAUAUAUUGAUCUUCAAAUAAUAUUUGUAUCUAGUUUCGAUGAAUACCUUUUUGCAAUGUAGAUAGCUACCCUUUUCUGGCAUAUUUUCAUUUGAAAUGCUGCUGGGAAUUAAAUGAUUAUGCAUAUGUUUAAAGUCAUGUCAAUGAAAGUGUUGUAUGUAUAUCAUUGAACGAUUAUGUGAGAAUCAAGCUUUCUUUAUCGUGUACAGAAAGUAUAUUUUGUGAAUGAGAUUCGAUUAAAGCAUGGUAUUGUAAUCUUAAA